UUUGACUAUAACUGGAUGUGGACAUUUGCGUCAGUUUGUUUUCAUGGAUCACCAUCAUGGACCACAUGAUGUGAGCAGCAGCUGUUAUGUCAAUAACAAAAUCUUAAACCUGAUCAAGAAAACCUAGAGUACAUUUUCAUUUUUGUUUCUAAACUUGACUUUAAAUGCCCAAAUCAUAGAAACAGUCACAGGGUUGUACAGUAGCACAGAGACCUCCAGUAACAUUUACUAAUUUGUAAAGUGUUUUAUUGUUUAUUGGUCUAUUGUAAAUUGUAACUUUAUUCAUUCCAUAUAUUACAUUCUACAUGUUCUGGCAAUAUUUACAGACGAAUAUAAACCUUUUUUUUCUUGGGCACACAAUUUCCCUAGUGUUUAGUGUUCAAAAACACACAUAUUCCCAAGCAAGCUUAGGUUUAGUUCUUUAUGGGUUAGACAAUGCAUCAUGUAAAGAGGGAUGUUCUCAUGCAAAUAUCGCAUGAAUGUAUGUGUGUGUGCAUUUCCUGCUUUUCGUUAUUCGUUUUGUUUCUCUUGCAUUGUAUGUAGGAGCUAAAAGUCUCCUUUUCUCUUUCUUACCAUAAUCACUACAUUUUGCGGCAAGGUAAGUUCCCAACAAGGGACUCUAUAUAAUAACAUUUAUAAUAUUUUUUGAAAAAUAGGUUAAUAAUACACAACACACAGAGACCAUUUAUUAAAGGCAAUGGUAUGUGUACGAAUUUAUGUACUAUUACACAUUUAUGCAAUUUUUGGUAUUUGAUUAUUAAAUAAACAAAAACACUAACGGUAAACAAAGACACUAACUUACAAUGCAAACUUUUACUUUACAGUUGUCUGACUUGAGAACUGAGAUCAAGGAAUCAAGGAGCAUCAAAAACAAGUUACUUGUCUGGUGUUUAAGUUGUCUAACCUGAGAACUGCGAUCAAGUGAUUAAGGAACAUCAAAACAAACACUGGUGUCUCUGCAUUCUGUGAUCCAGUGUGGCCUCCAAAGCUGACUGUCCGGUCUUUACGCUGACUGCUGAGCACAAGAAGUCCAAUCAUUAAUCAAGAUGCCCCAAGAAAAAAGAAAAAAAGAAAAAACAAGCCUCCGUUUUGUCACCUGGAACACUAAUGGAGCUAAAAGCCUCCUUUUCUUUCUCUUGCCAUAAACACCACAUUUUGCGGCAAGUUGUCUGACUUGAGAACUGAGAUCAAGGGAUCAAGGAGCAUCAAAAACAAGUAACUUGUCUGGUGUUUAAGUGGUCCAAGAGUUUGAGUGUGUUUUCUUGGGACAGCUAUGAGAAUUGGAGAAAGGUGGACUUCUGACUUGCUCAUGAAGGCAGUUUGCAUCUACACAAUGAUGUGGUACUAAGUCCUGAGGAUUUUUCCAUCCCUUCAAAUGAGUUCCUGUUUCAAGUUACACUUUAUUUCUUCAACCAGAUGAGUGCACAUGUUGUCUGAACUAAGAACCGAGAUCAAGUGAUUAAGGACCAUCAGAGCAAACACUGGUGUCCCUCUGCAUUCUUUGAGCCAAUCUUGUGCUCUCAAGUUACCUAUCUGGUCUAUAAGCUAACUGCCGAACACAAGACAUUCAAUCAUUAAUAAUGACAAUGCAAGCAGAACAGAAAAGCCUCUUUUUUGUCACCUGGAACACAAACGGUAUUAGAGAUACCAGGAAGUUACCACAAAAGUUCUCAAACAUUUUUAAGAGCCUUAGUGACCUUCAGGCUGAUAUUGUCUUUAUACAAGAGACACAUGUUGGGACAGACUGUUACAACAUCUUAGAAGAUGUUCCAGGCUGGAAAGUCUUCUUCACUGUACACAACUCUCGCAGUAAAGGAGUCGCAAUACUGAUAAGAGACAAAAUACCAUUUGAGUACAUAUGCCAUGAUGAGGACUACAGUGGUGGCUACAUUGUGCUCUUCUGUCGUCUGUAUGGUGAACUGUACACUCUUGUUAACAUGUACAAUCAUAAGGCAGACAGAGAUAUCUUAAAUAGUUUAAAAGACUAUUUGAUGGAAACAGCUGAGGGUGUGCUAGUGGUUGGAGGUGAUUUCAACACAGUUUUGCAUCCUAGCUUUGAUCGGAGAUCUUUAAGUUCUCAUGCAAGACAUUCACCAUUCAGAGCUUUUUUAGAAGAUUUUACUGUUUCUCUCAAUCUCAGAGACACCUGGUCAUACAAACGCUCUACUGAUGAGGUCAUUACACGGCGUCAGAAAGAACAGACAGCGUCCAGAAUAGACAUGUUUUUCCUGCCAGAGCACAAAUUGGGACUUGUGUGUAAUAUUGAUGUAGCUGAAGCACAGGGUGUUUCUGAUCAUUAUCCUCUUGUACUAGAACUCACAGUUCAGCACAGAACUGAAACAAUCCUCCCAAAUGUUGCCUUACGGCUGCCAAAGCCUUUUAAAUACACACCUGAUAGAACACCAGGGAAGAUUAGUGGGGCAGAAAUAUUGAGUACCAUUAAAUCUUUGACUGACUUAGAAGAGCACUCACUUGAUAUGGAGCAUGUGAAGUCAUAUAAAGAGCAACGUUGUCAACUGACUGAGACCUUAAAAAUCAAAUACAAUUCAAUGAUAGAGAAUAAAGAGGUAGGAGAGAGAAACACCUUUGAGCAUUUGAUAUUCUCUCAAAUUUUGGCAAAGCGUCUCAAUGCAUCCAUUUCCCCUUCUUUCAAGGGAAAGAUAGUGACAAAUCUUGAUACAUUUUCCACUGUGAAAUUUGAGACAGGUCCACAGACAAUCAAGUGGUCUUUCCUUGAAAGAAAACUUAAGAAGCUACAAACUAGGGUGAAGAACCCACAACCUAGGGUGAAGAAAACAAAAAGGAGGCCUUCUGCCCCCCCACCAGAGUUCAGCAUUCUGGAACGUUUUCUGGAUUGCCUUCUUCCUAAAGACCAAAUCUCUUCUGAACUCAGACUUUUGGAGCCUGGGAGUCCACUCACCAAUGUUAUCUUCAAUCUGGCUCUGAAUGAACUAGAAGCCAUAGUUGUACGUAAUUUAUGUAAGGGAACUGUUUGCUAUCAAAGACAGGUUCUGCGCGUACAUACACCACCAAUCACAUCUGAUUUUGUGGAUAUUUUCAUAAACAAUUUCAAGGAGCAGUCAGGACUUAAAAUACGUAUCUUACAACAUCCAGACUAAGUGGUCUUAACUUGCUUCACAGAAUUAAUUCUGUUUUCAUUUUAUAUGUUAUAGUAAUUGCAAUUAUUUGUUCCCAUAUUAUUAAUUUUGAUGGCUGACAUGAUUGCAAAUGUGCUCACAGCCAGUAAAGAAAGGUGACAUUUGUCGACUAAUUAUAAUCAAGGCUUAUUGUUUAGCCUAUAGGUCAAGUACCCUUUUUUCUUAACCAUGGGAAAAAUAAACAUGGGUCCUCAUACAUGUAUAAUACACUGACAAAUUUAUAUCAUUUUUAAUAUACACACUAAUAAUAUAACUAACUUGACUUUUUUUUCUUUGACAAAAUAUGGGCAAGAUUAGUUAUGUGACUGUGUCCAGGGUGUACCACGACUUGCGCCCGAUGCUCCCUGUGAUAGGCUCCAGGUUUCCCCGUGACCCUGAAAAGGAUAAGCGGUAUAGAAGAUGGAUGUAUGGAUGGAUUAGUUAUGUGCUUUCUUUAAAACGUAAUAAGAAACUGGUCACAGUACUAAUAUCUUCUUAUUUAGAUUACUGUAAUGCUGUACUAAAUUACAAAAUGAAUGUUGCAGCAGAUGUUUUAACAAUUUAGAAUACAUUUUUUUAUUGUAAUGGACCAAGAGGUGAUUUAUUAAAGAAAAUGGGCAAAAACUACACAUACUACAGAGUACAAAAUAUGGUUAAAACCCCUAUUUGAGGUCACAACACAGACCUUUAAGCAUAAGUAACUCUAACUUUAGUAACUGUAUUUUGGAACUAUACUUAAGUAUUGUUUUGAGGCAUUUAUAGUUUACUUGAAUAUUAUACAAAUUACAUACCUGUACUCUAACUUAUCUACAUUUGAGAAGAAAUUUUUUUUCCUUCAUUUUUAUUUACACCUUUAAAGUACUCAUUACAAAUCUCUUCUCUCAUCUAGUCAAUCAUUGUAUGCUAUAUAUCAGUAGAAGGGCCUUACAUGCAUUUUAUUUACAUUUCAUUUUCAGUUUAAAAAUAGAAAAGAAUAGAAAAAAGUGUAAAUUGUUUGUAGUUAGGAUACUGUUCAAAUCCAGCUGGUGGCAAAGCUGGUUUUCCCUGUUUUCACUCCUUUAAUCUCAGAAAGAUCUCAUGUCAGAAAAUUGUAAAGGAGUUUCAGACUCUAUAUCUACAGAUUCAGUUCUGAUUUUCUUAGACUUGUUUAGAUUUUCUUUCAAGAGCUAGGAUUUUUGGAUCAAUCUGUAAAAUGAUAGGUUUUAUUUGUACACAUAAAAUGUUACUUUUAUAUCUGUAUACUAUAUAUAUAAUAUAUGACCAUGUCCAGGGUGUACCCUGCCUUGUGCCCGAUGCUCCCUAGGAUUGGCUCCAGGUUCCCCCGCAACCCUGAAGAAGGAGUACGCGGUAGAAGCUGGAUGGAUAUAUAAUAUAUGUAAAUUAU